AUGGCAGCGGCUCCACCAUCGGCAUCAUUUUUUGGAAUUAGAGAGGAAGAUCUUCGAAACCAGAUGCAGCAGCAGCAGCAGCAGCAGCGGUCGUUGUCUACAACGACUUCAUCCGCCGCCGCCGCCGCUCCGCCACCGGCACCCCCGCCGAAGAAGAAGAGGAACCAACCAGGAACACCAAGCAAGUAUCAACUCAUACAUGUUUCUUUCCAAGCAUCGCCAUCGUUUGGAGGAAAUAUUAAUCUCUUGGAGUUCUCGGAAGAGUUUUUCCUCGAUGUUUCUCAGUCCCAUCUGUUCAGCUCUUCUUUCUCCUUCAUAUCCCUAGCUAUAUUCCAUAUAAACCUAGAGCAACCGAGAAUCUUUGUAAAAAAUUUCUCGGUAGCAUUAGCCCCAAUCCAAAUUUCCUUCAUUGGAAAUCAUUUCCACCCCUUGUGCUCUAUCUUUUCUGGGUUUCAUGGCGGGCGCUCCCAUUGCCAAAAUAAUUGGAGUUAUUCGUCCAAUUCACCCUCAUCACCAUCGACUGAUCUGCCUAGAUUCAUUAUCGCAUGGCAUGCAUCCCGUCACAUUAUCAUAAUCACCAUUGUUUUCAAUCCAGUGGUGAAUCCGACUAAUAUCUUUCACAUGGUCCCCAAAAAAACAGAUCCAGAUGCGGAAGUGAUAGCUCUAUCGCCGAAAACGCUGAUGGCAACGAACAGAUUCAUAUGCGAAGUGUGCAACAAGGGCUUCCAGAGGGAGCAGAACCUCCAGUUGCACCGGAGAGGCCACAACCUUCCCUGGAAGCUCCGGCAGAAGAGCACCAAGGAGGUGCGGCAGCGGGUCUAUCUCUGCCCGGAGCCAACAUGCGUCCAUCACGACCCCUCCCGAGCCCUCGGUGACCUCACCGGCAUCAAGAAGCACUUCUGCCGGAAGCACGGCGAGAAGAAGUGGAAGUGCGAUAAGUGCUCCAAGCGAUACGCCGUCCAGUCCGACCUCAAGGCUCACUCCAAGGUGUGCGGCACCCGCGAGUACCGCUGCGACUGCGGCACUCUCUUCUCCCGGUACGCAACCAACCCAAAAAAAAACCCGAUCUUUCCUUCGUUCUCCAUUUCUAUACCUCUGCUAGCGUCGGUAGAUGUGUUUUUAAUAUACCAGGGUUUAUGCCUGGGGGGAAGGGGAUUUAGGAUUAGGGUUGUUACGGCUGGAUUCGGGGGUGACAGGAGCGGGACGAGAGGAAGAGGACCUCUCUUCUCUGGUUUCCGGGGCAACAAGAGACUGUUCCCACGUGAAUUGCCCUCCAUGGAGCUGCCAUUUUUCGAGCAGAGAGGUGUUCAUCUUUUUCAACAUUGAAAUCAACGCCGAGCUCUCCCGUCCUCUCUCUCUCUCUCUCUCUCUCUCUCUCCCCCUAGCCCGCCUAUCCCUUUCUAUUCACGUGCUACUGUGGACAAUGCCCGGCAGGUUUGUACCCUUGUGAGUUGGCCAGCAGUGAGCAGGACUCGGGCCACUGCGGCCGCACAGGUCCACCUUUUCAUGAAAACCUUUUAGAAUUAGCUUCACCCUCUUCCACCCCUCGGCCGCCCCUCAUCAUUGACUGAAGAGCUCGCGGCAAGAUCAGUCUGGGUUGCCGCGUUCCGCGGGAUGACGAGCUCUGAAACCCUGUGGCUUCCGAUUGAUCUUGGGUGUUUGUUCAUUCAUGGACCUUGCUUUGCCGUUAAUCAAUGGGGGAAUGAGUUGCCAGAAGUAGCUUCCCUGGGUUAUGUUGCCAUUAAUCAGUCGGGGGGGUAGGCAACGGACACAGUAAACGAGCUGCCCAGUGAUCGUCUUCUUGUUCCUUGGGAAAAUUCCCCAUCUGCAUUCAUUAGGGCGGCACUCCUCCAUAUGGGUUUCUUCCCUAAAGCUGUCUGCAGGUUUUCAUCUUCUUGUUUUCUGUCACCCUCCUCAAGGUUGGAAGCGGACAUGCUGAAUUCCGACGAUGCAGGUGUUCCACUUGAAUCGUUAAUUGAUCUCUCUCUCUCUCUCUCUCUCUCUCUCUCUCUCUCUCUCUCCAAAACCAGGCAGCUGAAAUUAUCUGAAACUGGUGCGGUGGUGGACCUGCUUCGAAGCUUUUUCUUUCACCCUUAUUCGUGAAUUGGAACUAAAUUAGCUCGUUCACUCGUUGUUCAAUUCGCAGGCGUGACAGCUUCAUCACUCACAGGGCCUUCUGCGACGCCCUGGCCCAAGAGAGCGCCAGGCUCCCCACCGGACUAAACACCGGAAUGGGAAGUCACUCGUUUGGGAGCAGCAGCAUGGGCCUUGGCCAGUCUCAGGUGACCACUCAAAUCUCUCCCCUCCAAGAGCAGAGCCACGCCUCCGGUGAUCUCCUUCGCCUCGGAGGCGGCGGCUGCGCAGUGCAGCUCGACCACCUCAUCCCACACCAGAACCCUCCCUCCUCCUAUCACCCACCUCAACCGGACGCCUCCUCGGCCUUCUUCCUCAGCCAAGAGUUCCAGGAACCUCAGCCACACCAUGGCUUUCUUCAGUCCAAGCCCUUCCACGGCCUUGUGCAACUCCCCGAUCUCCACAAUAGCGCCACUGGCUCCUCCUCUCCCGCUGCAACCACCGCUGCCACCGGCCUGUUCAAUAUCAGCGCCUACUCCAGCAACAGGACCACGAGCAACCUCAACAGUAUCAACAGUCAUCUCCUGAUGCCUGAUCAGUUCAGCAACAGCGUGGGCAGCGGUACCAAGCCGGCAGCUCUAUUCGUCGGAAACAUGGUGGGCGAUCAGAUGAGCUCAGGAGUCUCCUCGCUCUACAACUCAUCUGUGCAGAAGGAGCAGGUUCUUCCCCAGAUGUCAGCCACCGCUUUGCUCCAGAAGGCCGCACAGAUGGGCGCGACCACGAGCAGCAGCGGAUCCACCAUGCUAAGAGCGUACGGAAACCCCCCCUCCAGAAACAGCUCCAAGGGAGGCGACUUCAGGGUUGGCUACGGGGACGGGAAUGGCGGUCAGAGCAUGAGAAUACAGAUGGAGAAUGAGACCCAUCUCCAAAACCUCAUGAACUCUCUCGCACACGGAGGCGUGGGUGUCUUCGGCGGUGGCCCCGGAGGAGGAGGAGGAGCGUUCGGGGGGAGUUGCACCGGCGGCGGGCACGAGCACGAAGCUGUAUUCAGUGGGUUCUACCCUAAUCUCUGCAACAUGGACGCAGCGGCCAAGCUGCGUAAUAGCAUGUCGAUGGGUGGCAGCAUGGGAGGGUCAGAUAGGUUGACCAGGGACUUCCUGGGGGUUGGCAGCAUGGUAAGGGGCAUGGGAAGCGAGGUGUCUCAGAGGGAACCGCAUCACCCAGUCGAUAUCAGCUCCGAGAUGAAGUCUCCGCCGGCCAAUAGGUCUUUCUCAGGAGGGAAUCUGCAGUGA